CUUGCUUCAAAAUAGAAUUGGGACUGGAUACGUAGUACUUGCUAGUUUAUUCAACAUGGAAAACAAAAAUAUUGAACACCUAAAUAAUGCUACAAAUGAAGAGAGAAAUCAGGCAACUCUGAAAAUUAUAUCAGAAUCUCAGGCUGUUAUGGAGAAAAUAAAUUCUACAGACCAUUCAGAUGCACCAGUGGAAGUAGAUGAAACAACCCUUUUGAAUAAAAUCAGCCAUAACGAGAGUUCUAAAUCUCACCAUCAUGGGAAACUAUGGCGAAUGUUUGCCUGUCCACCUCAAGGGAUCAUUGCUAGUGUCCUCACAAAGGUGAUUAUGGUGAUCCUUCUGUGGGCAGUUGUCUGGUCAAUUACAGGUCCAGAGUGCCUUCCCGGUGGUAAUUUGUUUGGAAAUCUGAUUCUGUUUGUGUGUGCAGUUCUGGGAGGGAAGAUUGUUGGAAUGAUCAAACUUCCUAACUUACCUCCAUUACCUGGUCUUCUAGGAAUGCUUCUAGCUGGUUUUGUUCUCCGAAAUAUUCCUGUUGUCAGUGAUGCUAUUUUCAUUGAUUACAAAUGGUCCUCGUCCUUAAGAAGUAUAGCACUUGCAAUUAUCCUGACCCGAGCAGGACUUGGGCUGGACGCAAAGGCUCUUCGGAAACUGAAGGCUGUGUGUCUUAGGCUAGCAUUUGGCCCUUGUCUUAGUGAAGCUUGUGUUUGUGCAGUACUUGGACACUAUCUACUGCAUCUGCCCUGGUCAUGGAGUUUUAUCUUGGGGUUUGUGAUGGGAGCUGUGUCACCUGCUGUAGUUGUCCCAUGCAUGUUGAUGCUUCAGAAGGAAUGCUAUGGUGUUGACAAGGGAAUCCCAACACUACUAAUGGCUGCAGGCAGCUUUGAUGAUAUCUUGUCUAUUACAGGUUUCAAUACAUGUCUUGGGAUAGCCUUUUCAUCAGGUUCAAUGGUUUCCAAUAUACUCAGAGGUUUCCUUGAAGUUCUAAUUGGAAUAGCAGCAGGAGCAGCUAUUGGAUUGUUCCUUCGAUACUUUCCUAGCAGAGAUCAGGAGGAUCUUGUGAUGAAACGCUCUUACCUCCUGCUGGGUCUUGCAGUGUUUGCUAUUUUUGCUACAGGAGUCUUUGGUUUCCCUGGUUCUGGAGGACUAUGCACAAUUGUCAUGGCUUUUCUUGCUGGGGUCGGAUGGGUUGACGGCAAGGGUGGAGCAGAGGGUAUCACAGCCAACGCCUGGGCCAUCUUCCAGCCAUUACUGUUUGGAUUGAUUGGGGCCGAAAUAUCCGUUAGUUCACUAAACUCAUAUACUGUCGGACUUGGGAUUGCAACUCUGAGCAUUGCUCUUGUAGUCAGAAUCUUGGUAACAUUCCUCAUGGUACACUUCUCGGGAUUUAAUAUGAAGGAAAGAGUAUUUAUUUCUUUGGCCUGGAUCCCUAAAGCCACAGUUCAGGCUGCCAUUGGCUCUGUAGCUUUGGACAUGGCACGAAUUCGAAAUGACAAGACUGCAACAGAGUACGGGUUGAGUGUUCUCACUGUGGCCUUUCUGGGAAUCCUGAUCACGGCUCCCAUCGGAGCAGUUAUUAUUGGCUUGCUAGGGCCAAAACUGCUACAUAAAUCAAAUCAGCAGGAUUCAGACCAUGGAGAAGGCUUGGAAAGCAAGACCAGGACAUCAUAUGAACAUCAUCAAGGAGUGGAAAAUGAAAUUGAAGUCUAAGAUGUUCUAUGGAUCCAAAUUAAAUUUCAGAAGGAUCUCUAUUGAAUUUCAACACACAUGUGAUUCUUGAAUAUCUCUGCACAUAACAGAGGAAAUGGUUUUAAAACUGUUUUAUUAACGAUUGUACAUUAUGUAGAUUUAUUUUUUAAAAGAAACUGUCCAGAUUUACUUAAAUACCUAUUUGUUUGGAAUUGUUAUUUGUGUAGAAAUCAACGUGAGCAUUUUAAACAUUUGCUUGACAUUAUGAAAGUAUUUAUGCAAUUAUCCUUAGAUCAAUAUUACUAGGAUUGUAUUCAAAAUAGCAGAAAGAUCUUAGCUAUUAAAUUGUGUUGUACCCCAGAAGCCCAAGAGGUAAUGAUGAUAAUAUAAAAUAAUAAAAACUGUGGAUGCUAGAGAUCCGAAACAUAAACAAAAAUUGCUGAAGAAACUCAGCAUCUCUGGCAAAAUCUGUGGGAAGAGAUCAGAGUGUCACUGGACUCAAAACAUUAACUCUGCUUUCCUCCUACAGAUGUUGGCAGACUUGCUAAAUUUCUCCAGCAACUUCUGUUUUUGAUUCAGGCCAUGAUCACAGUUUAUAUCUAUUAUUUGUGUAAAUUCUAACAGAAUAAUUAGUCCCAUUUGUCACCACAGGCUUCUGGAACAUGGAAAAUUGGAAUCCCAAUUUUUAUGUUGUGCUGUGACAACAGUCCCCCUUCUGUGUUCUGUAAAGUAUCUACUGGGUCCUGAACUGAAACUGUUCUGAAAGAGCUUUGUGUUUUACACUGCUGCUGCUGGGAGCCAGGUCUAAGAAAACAUGGGUAAACUCUUGAUGAAUAUUGUAAUCCUAGCUUUUUCCUCGUGCUUUAAAAAAAAUUUAGCUUUCUGUUUUUCUAUUCUGGAGUCCCAAUCAGAAUUCUAUGGCUGAAAGGGCAUAGCAGAUCUACCCUUAGCCCAAUUAAUGCAAUAAUAAUUCAUUACUGUUGUACCAACGCAAUCCAGGUUGAAACACUUCUUGGUGUAUCUCCCUGUCUUAGUAACCAAAUGAAUUUGAGGAUUCAUUAGAGAAUCUUGAGUAUAAAAUGAUUAUAGCUGUUGUGAUAGAAUUAUUUUUUUUUGCACUGGGCAGUUUGGGUGUACAGCCAUAGUUCAUGUUGUUUGUGUCUCCAACCUUUUCCCAACCAAAAUAAACUGCCAUGCAUGCAGCAGUUCAGAACACAUCACCAGAUGUUUAUCUUUAGCAAUCUGUAAUGGAACUAAUUUUCUUUACGAAUUACCUUUAAAUACAACUUUCCACAGAAACACCAGAAAUUUUAGAGUUUUAUGAAAAGGUCUCAAGUCUUUCUCUUCCAGCUUCAGCCUAAAGUUAAGAAUACAAGAGAUGCAGAAAAUGGUAAAGAAUGCAAUGGGGCAACCAUGCAGCUCUAACCACAGGCAUGAAAACAUCACUGGAUUAGAAUUAAAUGGCAUUAACUUACUUCUUAGUGCAUUACAAAAUCAAAACUGCCCCACAUUUACCAGUAAACUAGUAGCUGCACUCAAAAAGCCACUUUGACUGACAUGAGAAAUAGAACUUGCCAUACUUGAAUGUUAAAAGAAAGCAAUGCUUUUCCAGCGUAUUGGAUCUUCAUUCUGUACAGUAUCUGACAUGAGAAUAUUUAUCAAAUGAAAUUAUCUUGACAUACUAAUUAGGUACAAUCAACAGUUCUGGUUAUGAAUUGUGGAAAGAAUAUUAAUUUAUAAUUAAUAGAUAAUAUAUUUUGUAAGGGAGUAACUUCCUUAUCUAGAAAGUGCCUUGAAUGUGAAAUGUACUACAUGGAGUCCUUAAGGUGAAUAGCAGAGGUGUAUUUAAGGGCAAUCUAGAUUAACACAUGAGGGAAAAAGGAAUCAAAGAUUCUGCUAUUAGUGAGACCAGCUAGGGUGUGAUGAGGCUGACGUGGAGCAUAGUCCAUUACUGUUUGUAUGCUGUACCUUCUAGAUAUCAUAGAACACAAUAAAGCAGUAAAACAUGAUUCUGGGUAGUAACUUGUCAGGACAAGUUCCAUAAGAUAAGCUUGUUUUCUCUGGAAAAAAGAAGCCUUGAAGGUACCAUUUAUAUAGAGGUUGCUAAAAUUUGUUGGGAUAUCAAUGUGUAAAGCAAAAUUUUGAGGGUCAGAAGACAUGGCAGAUAGAAAUAAAACAGAAGCCAAGUAGAAUGCUGUCUUAAUGCUGCUAAACCUUUGGAAUGAAGAAUUGCGAAUUAUACAAUCAAUUGAAAGUAGAGUCGCGGAUAGAAGAAGGAUAGUGAAGAAGG